CGUAAAAUUUAUUGAAGAAACUGUUUUUAUUUAAGCAUAUCCUUUCCACCAGAAGAAUUGCACCUGCAGUGGUAAGACCAGCAUCAUAAAAAUGAUGCAAGUUUCAGAAUUACUGCAAUGUCAGCAGUGUCAUACAGCAUACUAAUCUGUCAAAAAAUAUGUUGCAUAAUAAUGUGUGGUAACUAGAAGUUCAUCUCAACAUUCUGAUUACUACAGCUGCAACAGCCUGUAAAUAUAACUCUGUUUUGCAAUAUUUUCAUGCAGUAUUUCAGCCACGUGUUAUCAAUUUAUAAUGCUCAAAAAAUUUGUUAUAUUCCAAAGGAAAAAUUGUGUAUAUUUUAAAAAUUUGUUAGUAAUGCAUUUUAAGACUUGUCUCUAUUGAAAAAUAAUUUUUAUUAUUCUUGACUCCUGCCAAUAUUUUACACAGAUGUACUAGUAUCUAAAUAGUCAGUAACUGAUAUUGUGUGAACAGGGUCCCUGGUGCUAAAUAUCUUAAUGUAAUACAGUACUUCAUAAAAAAAAAAAAAUUUAACACUUAGACAAUAAGUGUAAAAUGUAAUUUGAGUUGUGCUGCAUCUCCCAAAUUUUUCAAAAUUUAGUUUUUAGUACUGCAUAGGAAUUCUUUCUAUUCAGUCAUUGCAGAACACUGUCUUCCUUCUCCUUUCUUACCUCAGAUAAUUCAUUUUUCACAUUAGUAAAUAGUUUACUAUUACGCUAUUGAUGAAAUGACUCCAACUUUUUGAGCUAUAUUAAUUAUUUUACUGUAUAAUAUUUCGUUGUCUUUUGCCAUCUUUUGCUGUAUUUUUGUCUGGCACUUUUUAAUUUGACAGCUUUAAAUGAAUAUGCUCAAUCUGUGUGCAGACUUGAAAAAACGAAUACAUUAACAUCUUUACUAGCAAUGUAAGGACUUCAAAUUGAAAGUAGGUAAGAGAAAAAAUUAUGUGUAAAUAUUUUAUAGAUUUUACAGUCAGUGCAACUUGUCAAAUGUGAUUUGGACUUACUUUGCCAUUGUAUUUGCUCACUUCAUAAAUUAUCUCCAUGUAAUGUCACAAAUUGAUGUUCGUAACAUUAGCUCAUGAAAGCAACAAUUUCUUUGUAAUGUGUAAUGCUUUUCCAGUGGCUAAAAGUAUAAAUAAAUGAAAUGCAUCAAAGGAGAGCCCACAUAAGAGAAAAAACUCACAAAUGUUCAGUAUGUUCAAAGGAAUUUGUACAAAAAUUACAGCUAAGUGAGCACUCAAAAAAUCAUAUAGGAGUGAAACCAUUUAAGUGUUCAGAGUGCCUUAAAGUUUUCAAAUGUAAAACCUCUCUUAUUCGUCACAUCAGACUUCAUACAGGAGACAAGCGACAUAAAUGUUCAAUUUGCUCAAAAAGCUUAUCACAAAAAUCACAUCUAGAAGAGCACAUGAGAAUUCAUACAGGAGAGAAGCCAUUUAAUUGUUUAGUAUGUCUAAAAGAGUUCAAACGCAAAUCAUCACUAAUACUUCACAUGGGAAUUCACACUGGAGAGAAACCACAUAAAUGUUCAGUAUGUUCAAAGAGGUUUUCAAGGAAAAAACAUCUAAUAGUGCACACAAGAACUCACACAGGUGAGAAACCAUAUAAUUGUUCUGUAUGUUCAAGAAACUUCUCACAACAGUCUGUUCUAAUAAACCAUAUGAGAAUUCAUACAGGAGAUAAACCGUAUCAGUGUUUAGAAUGUCUGAAAGAUUUUAAGCGUAAAUCAUAUCUAAUACAACACAAAAGAAUUCAUACAGGAGAGAAACCGUAUGGGUGUUCAAUAUGUUCAAAGAAUUUCUCACAAAAAUCACAUCUAGUAGAGCAUGAAAGAAUUCAUACAGUGAAUAAAGUAUACAAGUGUUCUGUGUGUCUAAAGGAAUUUAAACGUAAUUCCUCUCUAAUACUUCACAUGUUAGUUCAUAGAGAAGAGAAACCACAUAAAUGUUUCGUAUGUUCUAGGGAUUUUAAAAGGAAAAUACAUCUAAUGCAGCAUAUGAGAGCUCAUACUGGAGAGAAAUCACUUAAAUGUUCAAUAUGCUUCAAAGACUUUUCAAAAAAAUCAUCAUUAAUACAACACAUGACAGCUCAUAUAGCAGAGAAACCAAAUUAGAAUAUUAAUAAUAUAUGAUCCAGGAAAAAAACAUUCAAGCUUUCAUAGCAAAGGUUUGAAAGACAUAUGUAGAGGUUAUACGGUAACACAGGAGUUUAUUCAUGAGGGAAGCUGUUAAAUUUUUAUGGACCAAGACUUCAGCAAAAGCAGGUUGCCAAAUCUCAGCUGACAGGACGCUAUAUCUGGAGUAUGCCUGGAGAGGGUUUCGGGGGUCAAUGCAGCCCGGUCUGUGACCAGGCCUCAUGGUGGAUCAGGGCCUGAUCAACCAGGCUGUUGCUGUUGGCUGAUAACAGCCCAGCUGGUCAGGUUCUGACUUUAGGUGUCUGUCCAGUGCCUUCUUGAAGACAGCCAGGGGUCUAUUGGUAAUCCCCCUUAUGUAUACUGGCAGGCAGUUGAACAGUCUUGGGCCCCUGACACUGAUUGUGUUGUCUCUUAUCGUGCUAGUGGCACCCCUGCUUUUCAUUGGGGGAUGUUGCAUCGUCUGCAGAGUCUUUGGCUUUCAUAGGGAGUGAUUUUCAUGUGCAAGUUUGGUACUAAUCCUUCUAGGAUUUUCCAAGUGUAUAUAAACAUGUAUCUCUCCCUCCUGCAUUCUAGGGAGUACAGGUUGAGGAACUUCAAGCAUUCCCAGUAAUUGAUGUGUUUUAUCACAGUUAUGUGUGCUGUGAACGUUCUCUGUACAUUUUUAGGUCAACAAUUUCACCUGCCUUGAAAGGUGCUGUCAGUGUGCAGCAAUAUUCCAGCCUAAAGAUAAAGAUAUUUAUUUUGACAAAUUACAUGGUUAUACGGAGGAAUAUAAUAGUUGGGUGUACAUGUCAAAAGCCCUUUUAUAUGCAGAGUUUUCAAAUGUAAAGGUAAUGCUACAUGGUUUUCAUAAGUCUAGUAGAGACUUAUUACACUAUUAAAUUAGCUAAUAUAACAAUUUAAAACAAUUUACAAUAUGAUGUAUUACAGUUUAGUACUAUUUAAAACAAUGAAAUUUGGUAUUACAAUGGAACAAUUUACAUUAUGAUGUACUGUAUUACAAUCUACUACUAUAUAAAAUGAUGAAAAAAUAGACAUCCUAAUAGAACAAGAGACCUGAAGAGUCAUCAUGGGCUUGGCACCCCUAGUUUGAAGGUUCUCAUUAUCCAUCCUGUCAUUUUUCUAGCAGAUGCGAUUGAUACACUGUUAUGGUCGUUGAAAGUGAGAUCCUCUGACAUGAUCACUCCCAAGUCUUUUGCAUUAGUUUUUCACUCUAUUGUCUGGUUGGAAUUUGGUUUUAUACUCUGAUACAGUUUUAAUUUCCUCAGGUUUUCCAUAUUGGAGUAAUUGAAAUUUCUCAUCAUUGAACUCCAUAUUGUUUUCUGCGGCCCAUUUAAAGAUAUCGUUGAUGUCAACCUGGAGUCUUGCGGUGUCUUCAGUGGAGGACACUGUCAUGCUGACUCAACCUAUUCUGUUGUUUGAAGAAGAUACCUCAGAUUAAUGAUAACUAAAGGUUUCCCUCCUGUUUUGAUUAGAAAUUUGUAAAGUGGUUAGGCUUUAGCAACAUAUUUGUGUUGAUAUGCUUAUUGUAAAACAUAAGUAGCUACUUUAUAUUAUUGGUUAUAAGUUGAUUUGUUUUACUAAAUAAAAGUGCACAGUUA